AAAACAGAAAUUAGAGAUCCAUCCAUGGCAGCAGCUUUCGGAACACUAGUUUCUCUUCAAAAUAAUCUACGCCUUAUCCGCAAUCACCCAAACUAUACCUUUGAGGUAGAACAGAUUCGAUCCCUUUGGGGAAGUGUCUGUUUCUUGAUCGAUUUCAUGGAAAGCUACGACAAUUACCACGGUGCCAGAAGAGAAACAGCAGAAGCUUUAGAGAUGCGAAUUGCAAGUGCAGCUCAAGUGGCAGAAGGUGUGAUCAAAGCACAUAUGGUGCAUCAGAUCCGUUGUGGAAACACGCGAUCAUCUCGUUUCCUGCUGGAUCUGCACAAAGCAACCCAAGGAAUGGAUUACAUGAUGAGAAAGGCAUCAAUCGUGAGUUCGCAAAGUGGAUUGUUGGAGCCCUCCACAAAUCCACCAUCAUCAUCAAUAGCAAAGUCAACGCCUCUUCUCACCUCUUCCACGGUCGGAUUAGAAGAUAUCUUACUUCGACUUAUGCAUCUGCUCACCAGGGGUCCCUUGAGUCGACGAGUCAUCCCCAUCCAAGGCAUGGGGGGAAUCGGUAAGACCACUCUUGCCUUAAAUGCAUUUCAACAUCCAUAUAUCGUGCAACACUUUGAUGUUUGCCUUUGGGCUACAAUAUCUCAAGAGUAUAGCAUUCAGAAAGUUUUGGCACAACUCUUGUCUUGUAUGAGAGGAUCCACUAGUGGAACUGUUGAUGUGGUGCGAGAAAGAUUGUACAAGAGUUUAUUUGGGCUAAGGUAUUUGAUUGUUCUAGAUGAUAUGUGGAACCUCAAAGCCUGGGAUGAUAUGAAUGUAAAAUCCUUGUUUCCGGAUACAAGCAAUGGAAGCCGAGUUGUGGUGACUACUAGGCUUGCAAAUGUAGCUUAUCGCUUAGGCGAUAACGGUAAUCGUAUUGCAAUGAGUUUUCUGGAUGAGGACAAUAGUUGGCAUCUAUUCUGUCGAAAUGCAUUUGUAAAGCAGCAACGUUGCGCACCUGAGUUGGAGGAGACUGCAAAGAAGAUAGUUGCACGGUGCAAAGGACUUCCACUAGCAAUUGUUGUUGUCGGAGGCCAUGUCAGGAAGUCCCCAACAGCUCUAGCCUACUGGGAGAAUGUUGCACAAUCAAUUUUGUAUUCUACAGGGAACGAUGAGCACUGCUUGAAUGUAUUAUCUUUGAGUUAUCGAUACUUGCCUGCUCAUCUAAAGCCAUAUUUCCUACUCCUUGGAGCAUUUCCAGAAGAUGAAAAGAUUUACGCGCAGGAUGUUCUUAAACUUUGGAUCGCUGAAGGAUUUAUACAACAUUGUGACGAUUGCAGCCUGGAAGAGGUUGCAGCGUAUUAUUUAUUGGAUCUUCACAUGAGAAAUCUCAUAUUGGUGGAUAGUUGGGACUACAAGGGAGACGUAUAUAAUUUUAAAGUACAUGAUCUAGUAAGAGAAUUGUGCCUACAAACUGCCAAGAAAGAGGAGUUUUUGUCAGUGUUUGAAACUUCAGGAGGCAUAACUUGGGAGCGUCAGGUUUUAAUCAAUGGAGAGGUGAAUCAUGAAAAUAUAAUCACGGAUGCCCCAGUCCGUUGUCUGAUAUGCAACGGAGGCCGUUACGGUAUAAACUAUCUGAAUGACUUGAAAUUGUUGAGUAACGUUGCUACAACAUUCAUAAGUGAGUCUAUCUUCCAGCAAGUUAACUUGCGGUAUCUUGAUGUGGUUCUUGUUUAUAUCGCUCCCCAGAUUGUUUAUUAUCUUCCCUCGUCGAUAUCAUUGCUUUGGAAUCUGCAAAUAUUAACAAUUUAUGUACCAAAUCAAUCAAAAGUAAUUGCACCUUAUGUGAUUUGGGAGAUGGUACAGCUUAGGCACAUUGAGGUUGUCAAAAUUUGUCUCAUUGAUCCUCUUCCCGUGGAUCAAGCAAGUCGCAUGGUUAUGAGAAAUCUAAACACACUUUCGAAAGUGGAGAAUUUCAGGCUUAGUAAAAAGGUUUGCAAGAGAAUCCCGAAUGUGAGAGAACUAGAGUUAUCCUAUUGUGAUGAAGUAAGUUGGUAUUACUGUCCCCGCAAUCUUGGCUGCCUCCAUCAUCUGCAAUUCCUAACAUUGGAGUUCGAUGGAAAUUCCAAGUGGCGUGAGUUUGCUACGCACCUCACUUUCCCAAGUUCUCUCCGAACACUGGGUUUAAGUGGCUGUGGUGUUGACUGGGAAGAGUUGACAAUGAUGGUUGGAUCAUUGCCCCAUCUUGGAAAGCUUUCGUUGCUACCAAAUUCAGUCAUUGGAUCUGUUUGGACCCCUGUUGAGGGCAAAUUCUGUCACUUGAAAGCCUUGACUAUUUAUGGUUGUAGUGAUUUAGUUUGUUGGAAUGCUGACAAAUCCCAUUUCCCUGUCCUAGAAUUUCUUUAUCUAAAAGAUUUGUGUAAAUUGAUUGAGUUCCCAUCAGACAUAGGAGAAAUAGCAACGCUCAAACAUAUUGAGUUGAGAUUUUGCAGCGCAUCUUCCAGCAUUUCCGCAAUGAGAACAUUGGUAGAGCAAGAGGAGCUUGGUAAUGAGAGCCUUCAACUUGCUGUAUAUUUUCGGGGUGACGAGGAAGCAGUGGAGAGCUUCAAGAAUGAGAUUCAAGAAGAGAGUCUCACCAGCAGUACUAAUCUGUCUCUGCAUUUCAUAGGUUCCAAAUAACUUCCAUUCAUCUCAAGGACCCGUGCUCUUCAAUCUGAAGCAAUAUUAUGAUGGAACAUGGAAGAAUAGCAAAGGACAAUGACGAGUGUGAGUGAAGUUGCUGCACAUGAAGGAGUUAUAGUUGAGAUCUCUGCCAUUGAAGUGAUCGACUCUCUUCCUCUCUUGCCAUAUGCUGUGUCUGGUCGGUUCACCGUGACUGCAUACGGUGGUCGGUGGCUUGUCCGCGGCCAGAACUUCUGCCCCCUCUGCAAAAGCUUAAUCCAUCAAUUGAUUGAGAUUUGCUCUUUGAUCGGAUGUUAGCUUAUGUUGAGAUGUACUGUAUGGAUCUUCAUGUGUAACUAUUGACGAUAGUAUGAAAUAUCGCUUU